AACAACACUCUCGCUCAAGACGACGGCAUUGGUAGGCAUUGGAGCUCACAAAUUGAGAUCUCUAUGAGCGCAAGCGCCCUCUCGUCUCAAUAGGUAUAAUGUCUCCUCCUGGGUCGCCCAGAUUGAUAGACUCGUAUACAGCCCCCAAGGAGAUCCUGCAAGAAUUCGCCGACCUUGCGGAAGAAGAAAAUGUUGACCCGUUCGCAGAGACCGCAAAGACUCGUCAAAUAGCGGCUCGACAAUCCGACUAUCACAAUCGCCGCUUUGAGCGAGUCGCCGUUGAUAGCGCAGAUGCCUUUCAAGAGGGUGGGAGCGAAGAAGGGGGUUACAAGGAUGCAAUGAGGCUAGCUAGGCUGGAGCAGGAGGAAGUCAGAGUAAAAAGGGCAAUAGAGGAGAAGGAAAGACAGGAACGAGAGGAAGGAAAGAUGAAGAUGGACUUAGACAAGACACCACCCGCUGCCGAGUUACAGGACGUGGAGAUGGAGUUAGCUUCCGCGAAGGAGCUUGCCAUGUCUCGAGAACAACCGGGAGCAAAACGCAAACGACGCUGGGACAAUCCUGAGCCUUCCGACGAAAAUGCAGAUCCCAACAAGAUGGACACUGGUGAAUGGUCAAAGGAAGCUUUAGAAGCUUCUGCGCCAAAAAAACGGCGGUCGCGAUGGGAUGCUACUCCUGCGGAAACUCCUGUCGCCGAAACUCCAAAGCGUUCAAGGUGGGAUCAGACUCCAGUCGUCCAGGACACCCCCAUGGUUCCCAUUAUCAUGAACGCUCCCGGUCUUUCUCAAGAUGAUAAACACAAUCGAUAUCUUACUGAUGAAGAGCUCGACGCUAUCCUUCCUGCUACCGGAUAUGUUAUUGUCACACCUCCACCCGGAUAUGCGCCCAUGGUACAGCCUCGGAAGCUCCAGGCUCCUUCUGUGACCGAAGUUGGCGGUUUUCAUAUUCAGGAAAGCUCCGACGCUGCCGCUGUAGCAGCCGCAGCAGGUCUCGCGCCAGAAUUGCCCACAGAAAUUCCUGGUGUCGGCAACCUCGCCUUCUUCAAACCCGAGGAUGCUCAGUAUUUCGCUAAGAUCAUGAAAGAAGAGGACGAAACGGAGCUCUCGGUCGAUGAGAUGAAAGAGAGGAAGAUUAUGCGACUACUGUUGAAGAUCAAGAACGGUACUCCGCCGGUGCGUAAAACUGCAUUAAGGCAGAUCACGGACAAGGCUCGCGAAUUUGGUGCUGGUCCUCUGUUCGACAAGAUUCUUCCUCUUCUCAUGGAACGUACUCUCGAGGACCAGGAACGGCAUCUCCUCGUUAAGGUCAUUGAUCGUGUGCUAUACAAACUUGACGAUCUCGUCCGACCUUAUGUACAUAAAAUUCUCGUCGUCAUUGAACCCCUCCUCAUUGAUGAAGACUACUAUGCGCGAGUGGAAGGUCGUGAAAUCAUCUCCAACCUUUCUAAAGCCGCUGGUCUAGCUCAUAUGAUCUCCACUAUGCGACCUGAUAUUGAUCACGCUGAUGAGUACGUGCGUAACACUACCGCUCGAGCGUUCUCAGUUGUAGCCUCCGCCCUUGGCAUUCCAUCCCUCCUCCCAUUCUUGAAAGCUGUAUGUCGCUCCAAAAAGUCUUGGCAGGCCAGACAUACUGGUAUCCGUAUCGUCCAGCAAAUUGCCAUCAUGAUGGGCUGCGCCGUGCUACCCCAUCUCCGCAACCUGGUCGAUUGCAUUGCCCAUGGCCUUUCCGAUGAGCAGCAAAAGGUCAGGACUAUGACUGCGCUUGGUUUGGCUGCACUUGCCGAGGCCGCCGCUCCCUAUGGUAUUGAGUCUUUCGAUAAUGUGCUCAAGCCUUUGUGGUUGGGUAUUCGUCUUCAUCGUGGAAAGGGCCUGGCUGCUUUCCUCAAAGCUAUCGGUUUUAUUAUCCCUCUCAUGGACCCCGAAUAUGCUUCUUACUAUACAAAGGAAGUGACAGUCAUUCUUAUUCGAGAAUUCCAAACAUCCGACGAAGAGAUGAAGAAAAUUGUGCUCAAAGUCGUCAAGCAGUGCGCUGCAACGGAGGGUGUCACCCCUGCUUACAUCAAGCAUGAUAUUUUGCCUGAUUUCUUCAAAUCGUUCUGGGUUCGUCGAAUGGCACUCGAUCGCCGUAAUUAUAGGCAGGUAGUUGAGACUACUGUCGAGUUGGCUCAGAAGGCCGGUGUAUCCGAGAUCGUUGGUAGAAUCGUCAACGAACUCAAAGAUGAGGCCGAGCCUUACCGAAAGAUGGUUAUGGAAACCAUCACUAAAGUCGUCGCUACCCUCGGUGCUUCCGAUAUUGACGAACGUCUGGAAGUGAGAUUGGUAGAUGGAAUCAUCUAUUCCUUCCAAGAACAGACUACUGAGGACCAGGUCAUGCUGGACGGUUUUGGUACCGUUGUCAAUGCUCUUGGCAUUCGUGUAAAACCCUACCUUACUCAAAUUGUUUCCACUAUCCUUUGGCGACUCAAUAACAAGAGCGCCAAAGUCCGUCAACAAGCUGCUGAUCUUACCACCCGGUUAGCUGUGGUCAUCAAACAGUGCGGAGAGGAUCAGUUGCUCAGCAAGCUCGGGCUGGUCUUAUUCGAACAACUUGGUGAGGAAUACCCUGAUACACUUGGGAGUAUCAUCGCAGCAGAAGGUGCUAUUGCCAAUGUUGUUGGUAUGACGCAAAUGAACCCUCCGGUCAAGGAUUUAUUGCCACGAAUGACCCCUAUUCUUCGUAAUCGACAUGAAAAGGUGCAAGAGGCAUCUAUUAACUUGAUUGGUCGUAUCGCUGAUCGUGGUGCGGAAUUCGUUCCUGCUCGUGAAUGGAUGAGAAUCUGUUUCGAGUUACUUGAUCUGCUCAAGGCGCACAAGAAGGGUAUUCGACGUGCUGCUGUCAACUCUUUCGGUUAUAUUGCGAAGAGUUUGGGCCCUCAAGACGUACUUUCGGUCUUGUUGACCAAUCUCCGUGUGCAAGAACGUCAAAGUCGAGUGUGUAGCACGGUGGCUAUAGCUAUCGUGGCUGAAACCUGUGGACCUUUCACCUGCAUUCCCGCUAUUCUUAACGAGUAUCGAACUGCAGAACUGAACGUCAGGACUGGUUGUUUGAAGGCCUUAUCUUUUGUUUUUGAAUACGUCGGCCCACAAUCGGCCUACUACUGUGAUUCCGUCGUCACCAUGCUUGAGGAUGCUCUUACUGAUCGUGAUCUGGUGCAUCGACAAACGGCAAGCACCAUCGUCAAGCAUCUGGCAUUGGGUGUUGCCGGGUUGGGAUGCGAAGACUCCAUGCUACACUUGAUGAAUCUCGUCUGGCCGAACUGCUUCGAGACAUCCCCUCACGUAAUUGGUGCAGUGAUGGAUGCGAUAGAAGCUAUGCGAGUGACGCUUGGUCCAGGUGUGCUCUUGAGCUAUGUUUUGCAAGGCCUCUUCCAUCCAGCUAGGAAGGUGAGGGAGGUAUAUUGGCGCAUCUACAAUGCGCUGUAUCUUGGUGCCGCGGAUGCCAUGGUUCCAUUUUAUCCCGACCUUGGAGAAUUGAGUGAAGGGAAGAACGUUUAUGAUCGACACCCAUUACAGGUUUUCAUUUGAUUUAUUUCGCUCAUAAGUGGUUCCUCAGUUAGUAUUAUUGUCUGUCUCGUUGUACGAUAACUUGUAUCAUGGUCGGUCAUAGUGUUUGCUCCAUUUAUAUACACAUUAGUAUCAAUCGUUGGUCUAUGA